AUGGCUCGCCUAUUCGUGUUCUCUGCUCUGGCUCUGCUGCUGCUGUCGGCCUGCUGCUGGGCCCAGGAGGAGGAGGACCUGUCUGUGUCUGAGCUGCUGGAGAGAGCCAACAUGAACCUGGUGCGCUCUGUGGAUGAGCCCAACCUGAGGGAGGGAGACAUCGCUGUGGACGAAGAGGCCGAGAGGAACGCUGACCCCUGCACCAGCCGUGGCUGCAAGUGGGGCAAGUCCUCUGACGGCAAGGUCUACAUCCCUUACUACAUCAACAGGCAGUUCUCCUCCCGCGAGAAGUCCAUCAUCACCCGUGGCCUGGAGUCCUUCUCCUCCUUCUCCUGCAUCCGCUUCAGACCCAGCAGAAGCAGCGACCGCGACUGGCUGAGCAUCGAGUCCCAGAACGGCUGCUGGUCCUACGUGGGGCGUCGCGGUGGCAAGCAGGUGGUCUCUCUCUCCCGCCAGGGAUGUCUCUACCACGGCACCGUCCAGCACGAGCUGCUCCACGCUCUGGGCUUCAACCAUGAGCAGACCCGCUCCGACAGAGACAACCACAUCAGAGUGCUCCUGCAGAACGUGGUGUCUGGAAUGCAGCACAACUUCAACAAGAUUGCCACUCUGAACCAGGGAACUCCCUACGACUACAACUCCGUCAUGCAGUACCACAAGUACGCCUUCUCUAAGAACAACCAGCCCACCAUGCUGCCCAUCCCGAACCCCAACGUGUCCUUCGGCAAUGCUAAGGAGAUGAGCCGCAACGACAUUGCCAGGCUCAACACCCUCUACAAGUGCUGUGAGUCUUUGGUCACACGCUCAUCCUGA